UUUCUUUUAUUUGCCCUAGCUUCGUUUCGUCGCAACAGACCCCCUCAUCUCACGAUUUUCACCUGACGUCGUGCCAUCUUCGCCCGACGCCGCACCGCCUCCACCCAAUGUCACAGACACCCCGCGCCGCCCAUUGAGUCGUGUCCGUCUGAGUAGUGGGCUAGGGUUGGGAGGGGUUGCCAGUGAUUGGGAUGCUGCCGGCAUCGCGUCAUCUUCCACUCAGUGUUCUCGCCCGACGUCGCCACGCCGCCUUGCUACCCUGUCGCCCUCUGCCAUCCUAGGAGAGGGGCUGCGGUCGGUCACUGUGGCUGUCGUCGGAAAACAAGGACACCGCUGAACAACAGUUACUGCUAUUGCGGGCGCCGUCGCCACCGCCAAUUGUCUACACCCUUGACACUGUUGCUCCACACGCAGAUUGUCGUGAGCCACCGCUGGAGCAGUGAACUGCCACCGGAGAAGAAGUCGUAGGAUUUGAGCUCGAGAGAGAGCAUCGGAUUUGGAGACUAUUGGAACGUUCUACAUUAGAGAUGAAGAUGAAUUGAUUGGAGGAGUAGAAUCAAUGGGCAAGACAGCCCGCCCUCUGGACGAUUACAUUUAAAAAAAAGAAGAAGCGCCUGUUUCAUUUUCGCUCUCUUCUCUGCUCUAAGCGUCUACUCAUAUUAAGACUUCCUCCUCCUCCUGUCUCAUCUUCUUCCUCUUCCAUGAUAUGAACUCCUUCGCUCUCUCAUUGACGUCGUUUUCCCCCUCGCCGGAGGACCGUUGAGGCUCCCCUGCCUCACAGCACAACUCGGUGGGAUUACUAGGCUUCAAUUCUUCUCCCACACACGGUUUUUCAGGCUGCUUCACCGGCAGUGGGUAUGGCUUCUUUCUCCUACUUCUCUUUCCAUUGCAGACGAAGCAAUUGCCCAUCCAAGUCAAUGCUAGCUACCUACAAAGCUUUCCGAUGGCGUCCAGUUUCUCUUGCCGAGUGCAGAGUGCAGAGUGCAGAGUGCAGGACGGAGUAUUUAUAGUCGAGCAGGGAGGCGAAGUGAAUUGGAAGAAGAAGCUGUGGAGGAAAAAUUAUAAUAUGAAUGAUGGAAUAGGGCGGUCGGGAUGGUGGUGAUUCUGAGGAUCAACGUCGGAGGAUGCCAUGGCUUUUCUGCUCUUGACUUGUUGACCAGUCAACGGCCUGCUUGAGUCCGUCGUCCAUCUUGCGGAGAGAAGAAACCCUAGGCAGUGUGAUUUCCGAUCCUGUUCCUUGCUCGGCCGGCAUUUCCCCGUCGGCGUCGUCCUCUUCCUCCUCAAGACCUCACAGCGGAAGCUCCUCCCCUUGCUAGCUGCGGCACAGGGUUAUAGCUUUGGCUUACUGAUACAAAGAUGGUUAAUGCAAUAAAGGGCCUCUUGAUUUCCUGUGAUAUUCCCAUGGCACAAUUUAUUAUCAACUACAAUGCUUCCCUGCCUCCUUCCCAGAAGUUCAUCUUACAUGUGCUUGACAAUACACACAUAUUUGUGCAGCCUAGCAUGGGUGAAAUGAUCCGAAGCAAGAUUGCUGAGUUUAGGGAUCAAAAUACCUACGAGAAGCCGGCAUGAUUCCCUUUCUGCUAUUUAGCAAGACAAUAAAUUGGGACAUGAAACUUAUAUGUGGAUCAGUCACUUGUAACUUCCGUCUCAUAUAAUGUUUUUUUUUAUCUUGUUACUUUGAGUCAAAGUGCGACUAUUAGUAUGAGACAUACAACUGAACUAGCUUUUAGAUCACAACUUAAUAUUUCUUAUGUCAGUUCUGUUAUAUGUACAGUUGCUCUCUGAUAUAAAAUGCAAAAAAGAACAGUCUUGUAAACCUUA